AUGGCAUCCCCUCAGCAGAUCCGUACUCCCAUUACCGAUCUUUUCAAGAUCAAGCAUCCGAUCCUCCUCGCCGGCAUGAACGUCGCCGCUGGCCCUAAGCUUGCCGCCGCCGUCACCAACGCUGGCGGUCUCGGUGUCAUUGGCGGUGUUGGCUACACACCGGACAUGCUGAAGGAGCAGAUUGCCGAGCUGAAGGAGUACCUCGACGACAAGAACGCCCCCUUCGGUGUCGACCUGCUUCUUCCUCAGGUCGGCGGCAGCGCUCGCAAGACUAACUAUGACUACACCAAGGGCAAGCUCAAUGAGCUCGUCGACAUCAUCAUCGAGUCCGGCGCCAAGUUGUUUGUCUCUGCCGUCGGUGUUCCCCCCAAGCACGUCGUCGACAGAUUGCACUCUGCCGGCAUCGUCUACAUGAACAUGAUUGGCCACCCCAAGCACGUUCAGAAGUGCCUCGACCUCGGUGUCGACAUUAUUUGCGCCCAGGGUGGUGAGGGUGGUGGUCACACCGGUGACGUCCCCACCACCGUCCUCAUCCCCGCCGUUGUCGACCUUUGCAAGAACCACCAGAGUCCUCUCCUGAAGGGUCCCGUUCAGGUGAUCGCCGCUGGUGGUAUCCACAACGGCCAGCUCCUGGCCGCUUCUCUCAUGAUGGGCGCUGGUGCCGUCUGGGUGGGUACCCGCUUCAUCCUCACCGACGAGGCUGGCGCCCCCGAGGCGCACAAGGAGGCUGUUCGCACUGCCGGCCAUGAUGACAACAUCAAGACCCUAAUCUUUACCGGCCGUCCUCUGCGCGUUCGCAAGAACCCCUACAUCGAAAACUGGGAGACGGAGCGCCAGCAGGAGAUCAAGGAGCUCACUGCCAAGGGUGUCAUUCCCUAUGAGGCUGACCUUGACAAGCUCAUGAACUCUGGCGAUAGCGAGGGCGGCAGCAGCGGCGGCAGUGACGACAACGCCUCCGAGGUUGACAUCGACGACGCGCUCGACCAGUUCCGCCCUUUCCUCAUGGGCAAGGCUGCCGCCGUCUGUAACGAGAAGAAGCCUGCCAAGGCCGUCGUCGACGAGUUCGUUAACGACGCCGUUGCAUGGCUGCAGAAGGGCAACAAGAUGAUUGCCAAGCUGUAA